AUGAGUGAAACUUGGUGUAAUCUGAAAAGGAAGAUGAAAUUCGAGAGACGAAACUCUGAAUCAUUGCAGAGCGAGUACCAGAGAUUGUGGCUUUCUCACGAGAGAUUGAACGGUAGAGAGCUCGAGGGUUUGACAUCCUCCGACCUGUACUCACUUUACUCUCGGAUAAUGUUUGCUUUGUUCGCUUUGGACGACCAAAUGAUGAGACCAAUAAGGGAGCAAACUGAAAGGCAGCGUAACAAGAACCCUUUCCACACCAACAAGGAAUCAGUCUCUAGGUUAGCUGAGCCCGAGAGAUGUUCAUUGGACAAUGACAAGGGUGCUGACACUUCCUUGCAAUUUAGACUUCUUCUCGUUUCAAGGAAGCUCAGAAGGAUCCAUAAUUGUUAUCACCGCAAGAGCAUGCCAGAGACCUACCUUAAUUCGAUUCCUAGAUAA